GUUUGUUAGAAGUGAAUAGAUUUACUUGUAACAUGUCAGAAAACAGGCUUGACAUGGAUAUUGAUAAUCAAAGUGAAGACGGAGAGAUAAAGAUAAGUCCUUCCAAGGACAUGGAUGAUUUUAGUUUUUCAGAAGAGGAUGGUGGGGAUACUGCCGAUUCAUUGGAUAUAAAGCCACCACAAGCUGUUGUUCGUCAUCAUAAAUCUAAUUCAUCCAGAAGGAGAGAGAAGCAUGGGGAAAGAAGAGAUCGCAGGGAGGAGAAAGAACGAAAGUCAAGGCAUCAUGAUCGCGGGGAGGAUAGACAUAGAGACAAACAUAGACACCGUAGACACGGCUUGGAUAUCUUAGAGAGAUCAGAUCGUUCGGACGGCUCCAAAAGAGAUAGAGAGAGAAUGGAGAGGCUCGAGAGGUUAGAAGGUCAUAGAGAGAGAGAAUCAAGACACGAUAGGAAAGAGAGGAGUACUGGUGAUCGUGUUUUAGAAGAUUUGAGAGAAAGAUUACUGGAUAAGAGGAGAGAGAGGCGAGAAGAUUCUAGGGAUAUACGAGAUUACAAAGUUAUCCGUACUAUGGUGGAUGAAGUUAGGGAGCGUCGGGAAAUCCGGAUGGAGGAGCACAGACACAUAAGGGUAAUGGAAGAACAGUAUUCCGAGACUGAGCUUAUGGAGCGGACUGAAAGAACCGAGAAGCGUCACAAGAGAUCUCACAAGCAUGAUCGACUUCGCGACAGGGACAGAGAGAAGGCCGAACGGGAGAAAGAGCACAGGGAGAAACAGUUGCGCGAAGCGAUGGAAAUAGUUACCGAUGAACCCGAUGAAAUGGAGAUCGAUGAGAUGCCGAUGCAGCCUAAGGACCCCAAGGAAAUGACCGAGCAAGAGCUCAGAAAAGAACGACUCUUGGAAGCCGAUAGAGAAAUGGCCAGAAGGAAGGAAGUCUCUAGAAUAGAAUUGGAGGCUCGACGAAUGAAGAGAGGCGAGAAACGACCUCUGAGUCCUGAUAACAAUCAGGAUCCUUCUGUUGUUGAGUUAUCGGAUGAAAGCGCAAGCCCUAUUCAGUCGGACGAAGUUCGUUCGAAAUCAGUGGAGUCCAGACAUUCGUCCGACGGUCAAAGAAGUAUACGCGAGAGGUCAUCCGACAGACAUUCCUCUGAUUCAUCAGAGUCUAGUAGCGAGGAUGACGAGGAAUCGAACGAUUCGAAUAAGGGUUCCAACGCUGAUUCCAAUGACGGCUCUGAUUACAAUAAUCCGAGUCCAUUGUCCGUCGAUCGGUUAGCUAAAUCCGAUCAUUCCGGCGGAGAAUCGCCUGGCCAUGUCGACUCAAACGGCGCACCCAAGAACGUAGAGGAAGAGGAGAAGAAAGAGGAGGAGCCAGAAUUGCCCCCCUACUUACCAGCUAUUCAAGGUUGCCGAAGCGUAGAAGAAUUUCAGUGUCUGAAUCGUAUCGAAGAGGGUACGUAUGGCGUGGUGUACAGGGCUCGAGAUAAACGUACGGAUGAAAUCGUUGCCCUGAAGCGACUGAAGAUGGAAAAGGAGAAAGAAGGAUUUCCAAUCACCAGUCUCAGAGAGAUAAAUACUCUGUUGAAGGCACAACAUCCAAAUAUAGUAACGGUUCGUGAAAUAGUUGUCGGUAGUAAUAUGGAUAAAAUAUUUAUUGUAAUGGACUAUGUGGAGCAUGAUCUGAAGUCGUUGAUGGAAACGAUGAAGCAGAAGAAACAGGUGUUCAUACCAGGGGAAAUCAAGUGUCUUAUGCAGCAAUUGUUAAGGGCUGUCGCGCACUUGCACGACAAUUGGAUUCUCCACCGCGAUCUGAAAACGUCGAAUUUGUUACUCAGUCAUCGCGGCAUCUUGAAGGUUGGUGAUUUUGGUUUAGCACGAGAAUACGGUUCACCUCUGAGACAAUAUACUCCGAUUGUUGUAACACUUUGGUACAGAGCUCCUGAAUUGCUUCUGAGCGGGAAAGAAUAUAGUACUCCUGUUGAUAUGUGGUCUGUAGGAUGUAUCUUUGCAGAGUUACUUAGAAUGGAAGCACUGUUUCCAGGUAAAUCCGAGAUCGAUCAAUUAAAUAGGAUAUUCAAGGAAUUAGGUACACCGAACGACCGGAUAUGGCCGGGAUACAGUAAACUGCCGAUGGUUCAGAAAAUUCCAUUCGCUCAUUAUCCCGUGAACAAUUUGAGGCAACGUUUCAACUUAUCCUUGUCCGAUUUGGGUAUCGAAAUGUUGAACAAGUUUCUCACGUACGACCCUCAGCAACGAAUAACAUCGGAGGACGCGUUGAAACACGGCUAUUUCACGGAAGCUCCUCUACCGAUCGAUCCGCAAAUGUUUCCCACGUGGCCGGCGAAAUCGGAACUCGGUGUUCGGACGGCGAACGCUUCCCCCAAGCCACCGAGUGGUGGUAAAGAGUACAAACAAUUGGGCGACGGCGACGACGCAGAUUUAAGUAAUUCUGGUUUCCAUAUGGGUCUCACGGAAGGUGGAAGACAGCCGCACGUCGGCGGUGGUUUCCACUUAAAGUUUUAACUGUCCACGGCGAGUUCUACGAGUGAAUCGAAGGGAGACUAACUUUGUGCUUUUCUACUAUAAAUAAAUUUUGUACA